AUGGAGCAGCCAUUUUCUUCCUCCAAAGUAACAGUCGAGUACCACGACCCGCACGAUGUCUACAAGCUCCUCGCGCCCGGACUAAUCUCCCGCCUGCCCCUCCGCGACCUCCAUUGGCAAUCCCAUGCCGGGCCCGUCCGCUCCAUUUCCACGCUGCACAUCGAGCUUGUCCCGGCCGGCGUCGACCCUUCCUCGCUUUACACCCCCACGCCCUCGCCCAACCCCCCUAAAACUGGUCAAACCGAUAUACAGAAGGAUAAAGACGAUGGCUUUAUACCCGCCUCGGUUGCAGGACGCGCGGGGUCGACGGAUGCGAGGCCAAGCGAAUCCUCUACCGCGAGCACGACCACGUCAAGUGCCUCGACGCUGAAGCCGCCGGUUACUCAGGCGCAAAGGAGGCAUCAGAUCCCCGGUCUACGGCGAACCCCCUAUCUAAAAAUCCUAUUAGUCCGCUGCGACGACAACGAUACCUACAAGAGCACAGUCCGCUCCGAGAUCCGCGAAUGGAUUAAAACACACACCUCCACAACGACCAAGGGGGCAGCCGAAAACCAUGAUGCCUUCGAGUGGCUCAUCAUCCACAUAGUCCUUCCAAACUCGGUGGCGGCUACCCAGCCAAGGGUAUCAUCCCACAAAGGAGAGGGGACCGAUUCCAAGUCAAGCAGUUCGGCCACACGCUGGAGGGGAUCAAGUACCCUCCUUGAGAAAAUGCGCGCCGAUUUCAAUGGCUCCGCCAAAGGCUCCGUCGACCGCGUCCGACAGAUCCGGAUUGGCAUUAACGACGUGCCGUAUAACAUGUUGCCUCGCGUGGUGCCUGCCGUGCCAACUGGCUACACGGAGACUGAAGCCGAGGCAGAACAGGCGUGGAAUGAGCUCAUCGGCAAGAUGAAGGAGUUGAUCCUGGCGAGCUUUGAUCGCCGAGUGAGCCAGUAUGAGGAGGAUAUUAAGGAGAAGGAUGCGCAAAGGGCGUUGCCGGGAUGGAAUUUCUGUACGUUUUUUAUACUCAAGGAGGGGUUGGCGCGGGGGUUUGAAAGUGUCGGACUCGUGGAGGAUGCCCUGGUGGUAUAUGAUGAGUUGAGUGUCGGGCUGGAUAGUAUUGUCGCUGAGCAGGCGUCGAGCGAUAACCCUGCUGCUCACGGCGGCGCUCUGCUCAGCUACACCGAAGAGCUGAAAGAUAUCGCCCAAAAGGCCCUCGCGGAACUAACCGGCGGACGUCUUGAGUUCGGCAACGACGAGGAAGAAGUCACCCUCGACGCCCAACCCUCUUCCGACAAACCCUCCGACGCCAUCUCUGGCAUACCCAUCAGCACCGCCCAUAAGCCCUACCGCGACCUCAUCCUCGCCAACAAUGUCUCCCUCUUCGACUUCCGGUGCUACAUCUUCGCGCGACAAACCGCUCUCCUUUUACGCCUAGCCAACGCGUGGUCUUCACGGGAAGAACUCCUUGCCAAGCUGAAGGAGCAACAAGAGCUCGCCCCGCGCGGGGUCGCCCCUCGCAACCUUCCGAGCCAAAAACCGGUUGAUGAAGAGGAGCCGGAGAAUUUGUUGUACCUGGCGGAGAUUUGUCGCCGGACACUGGAGUUUGUGCCGGGCGUGAGCCAGGUUAUGAGGGCCGAUGUGUUAAAAGCGAUGGGGGGCGAGGAAGCAAUGGGGAAAGAGUUGGUCGAGGUCGUGGACAAUAUGGUUGCGUCGUUUGCGUUUAGCGUGGCGCAGCAGAUCCUCGCGCAGACGAGCACCAAGUUGUUGCCCAUCCCGCCCUCGGUGUUGGGAGGACCGCUGGCGACGGGAGAGGCGGCGGAUAAAGUUCCUGAGUUGAGGACGACUACCCUGCCAGUGAGGUCGUCAAGUUUGAGGGAGGGACAGAAACCGCCUCCGAGCCCGGGUUUCCCGGGGCCGGGACGGCUCGAGCAGGAGUUGCCUGUGCAGAGGGCUGGGUUGGAGGAGUUGGCUGCGCAACGUGCAGAGCUGUGCAAUUUGUCGAGAAAUGUGCUUGAGGAAUGUGGGAAGAAGAGGGGUUGGACGGAUGGAUGGGCGGGCGUCCCGACCGUCGGUGAGACGGGCGUCGAGGAGAUGGAGGAUAUCCCCUUAGAUGGCUCGUCUGAGCCAGCUACGAAGAAAGAAGCCGAGCCCGAGGCAUUGUACACCUCCACAGCUGGCGUCUCCAACGCUACUCUCCGCACAGCCCUCGAUAACCGCGACGACUUCUACCGCCUCUACGAAACCCUCAUCGACAAAGCCCUGCGCCACUUCACCCUCGCCGGACACACGCACUCCGUCCAAGCCUCCAUGGCCGACCUCGCAGUCCUCAAAUACCACUUGGGAGAAUACGCCGCCGCAGCGGGCUACUUCUACCAGGUGAUCCCCUUCUUCGGGGAGUCCGGCUGGUCUUUGCUUGAGCUCAGUCUGCUGGUAAUGUAUGCUAGAUGCCUAAAAGAGUUGGGCAAAGUCGAGGAUUAUGUGAUUAAAGCGCUGCGACAGCUGCUUUGCAAGGCUGCUGCGGCUGAGAAGGAGCGGUUAGCAAGUAAGAGCAGGGUUGUUGCGGCCAGUGUGAAAGGGUUCCCUGAUGUAGAGGCGGUGAAGGGGUUUUUGGGGGAGUUGAUCACGUCCUCGACGAGCCUGGAACGAGACGUUCGGAUUCCGUUGACGAGUCUGUUUUGCAAGAUUGCGGUUGAUGGACCGCCUUGGUAUGACGAGGCGGGAGAUGGGUUUAGUUUGUUUGUGGAUAUGUACAGCUUGCUGGUGGAUGAGUUUGAGGCGGACUCGGUUAGGGUGAGGAUCGUGGGCGUGCAGGGAGCUACGGUUAAUAGGGAGAUUUGGUUGUCUACGGCUGGGAAGGUGACUAUUCACCCUGGACCGAAUAAGAUUCGCGUCCGGAGCACGGUAAUGAUGGCGGGGGCGUUUGAGGCGGAUCAGAUUAGGGUACAAGCGAAGCGUGUGGUGCUGCACUACGAGCGGGAUGCUCCUCUGUCCUCGACGCUGGUUGGGGCCACCCAGCAGCCAGCUCAAACGCCUCAGGUCAUCCAGAAUGCCCGCGUGGUCCUCUACCACCGCACCAGCGCCCUCGACGUCGUUGUGUCUGGCCCGCGCCAUCUGCAACUUGACAAACGGAGGUUUUUGGAUCUCGAACUCCACACCGGCUGGAACGAACUCUCCAAUGUCGAGAUCCGCGUGCGUGCUGCGACAGGCGGGCUAAGGCUCCUCACCCAUGAGGCAGAGCUCUUCACGUCCAGGGACGCGAAUCCUACGAAACCGGCCACGCCUGGGAUCUUUGCCUUCUCUGACCUCGCCAAGAACGUUACGAGAUUGGUGCGGUUGCCGUUUACGGUCGAGCAGGACGUCGUGGACGUCACGGUGCGCGUGGAAGUCUCAUACACCACCGUGUCGGGGACCACAUACACCUUACACAAGACUGCUUCUGUCCCGAUCGCCCUCGCCCUAGAGGUCAACGUACAAGAUAUCUUCAAGCAUGAUGCCUUAUUCUCCCGGUUCGCCGUCGCCCCUGCACAAGUCGGAGGCGAGGAGUCACCAUUAAGGGUGGUCAGUGCCGAGCUCAAGGGGAGCGACAUUUUCGAGGCUGAGGCGGGCGUCCUGCCGGAGAAGGUCGUAGUGUUUGGACGUCAGCCGGCAAGUUUACUUUGGAGGAUCAAACGAAAGAAGGGGGUUCGGAAGGCGGGUCCGGGGACGACUGGGACAUUGUAUCUCCGGCUGGGGUAUACCGUUUUGAUGGAGGAACUUGACCUUCUUGUUCGCUCUCGUGUACAAGAUGAGCUGAAGAACAUUCCUUCGCUGAGCGAAAUGGCGAAGGCGGUGGCAGGGGUUGUCGUCUCUUGCUUGCGGAGGGCACUGGAUACUACUGCGUUGGAGAGGGUUGCGCUGUUAGGGGAACUGGAUUUGACCAAUCUCCUGCAGGAGAUCAAUUGGGAGCGCGUAUGCUCAUCCCUCGGCCUGGAGCCCCCUUCUCCUUCGUCCCCUGGCGGAGGAGGCGGUUUGGCUCCAGCGGCUUGGAUCAGGCAGUUUAUUACGGCCAACCCGGUGCUGAUCGUCCCGGAAACCCCGGUCCCUGACGCGAAAAGGGAGAUCACCAUCCCCGUGGAUGUCCCAUCUGUCGCGGUGGUGCAUACAGCCGACAUCAAACUGCACUGUUUGGAUCCAGCCAACCGAAGUAGCGAGCUUUUCCCGGGGACAGACACGCCCAGUGCGGGGUGUCCUGUUGUUAGGGUGAACCAAGUGCUGGAGGCGACGCUGCAUUUAAGGUGGACUCGGAGGUGGGAUACGUCUUCUCUUAUUUCGUCUCCUUCGUCCCCGUUGCCGGUUGGUAGCCCAAAUCCUGGGAUUGGCGCCGAGGGGCAAAAUUCGGCGUGGGCGAGGGACUUGGAGUUUGGGUAUGAAGUUACUGCGCCGGGGGAUACGUGGAUCAUCGGGGGGAGGAGGAAGGGACAUUUUGUUAUUCCUUCUGUUAUGCUUCCUACUGAUGGGAAGGAUGAGCCGGAUGGGAUAAGUUCCACGCCUGAUACCGAGGCGCAUAUUCCGUUGGUAUUGAUCCCUCUUCGGGAGGGGUACCUCCCUCUGCCGACCGUCGAGAUCAGGGAAUCAAAUGAUGGGAGCAAACACAACAACGGUUUGAUCCCAUCCAUCUAG